CAAAUAAUGGGUGAACGAAAACUGAAACCUGCGUGACUGGGUUCCAAUUCCAAACAAGUUGUGUUUGUCGUCCGCCGCCGCGCCCCCAUUCGACGCAAUGGCGCUCCGCACUCAACUCCUGCGCAUCGGUAACAAUGGCUUCCAAGUUCGCCAGCUAAGUGAGUUGAGGCCGAAGGAGAGAGCUGGAGUGGCCAGCCUCAGGGAGAUCCUGGAAGACCGCCUGCAGGAGAUCAAGAAGGCCAAGACCUGGAAGCAUGAACGGGUACUCACUUCUCCUCAGGAUACGAAGGUGACGGUGAGAGGUGCCAAGGGAGAUUUCUUGAAUUUCUGCGCAAACAACUAUUUAGGUUUAUCCAAUCACCCCGAAGUGGUGGAAGCUGCGAGAGAAGGACUGAAGAAUUAUGGCGCUGGGCUCAGCUCCGUCCGCUUUAUUUGCGGAACGCAGUCGAUACACAAGGAUCUAGAAGAAAGACUCUCCAAGUUCCACGGUCGUGAGGAUACUAUUCUGUACGGGUCCUGUUUUGACGCCAACGCCGGUUUGUUUGAGUCGCUGUUGACGCCAGAAGACGGCGUGUUUUCUGAUGCAUUGAACCACGCCUCCAUUAUUGAUGGCAUAAGGUUGUGCAAGGCGCAGAAGUACCGGUAUCCACAUAGGGAUCUCAACGAAUUGGAGCAUCUGCUGGCACACAGCGAAGCUCGCAUCAAGCUUAUAGUGACAGAUGGAGUGUUCUCCAUGGACGGGACGGUAGCGCCGAUCAAGGGAUUGAGGGAGCUUGCUGAUAAAUACAGAGCUUUACUAGCAGUUGAUGAUAGUCAUGCUACAGGCUUCUUUGGAGAAACUGGGCGGGGUACAGAAGAAUACUGCGGCGUGCCAGGCGCAGCCGAUAUCAUCUGCUCAACCCUGGGCAAGGCUGUCAGCGGCGCCGCCGGGGGCUACACUACCGGCCCUAAAGAACUGGUCACUUUGUUAAGAAACGUCUCCAGACCUUACCUGUUCUCUAAUGCCCCACCACCGCCAGUUGUUACCGCUUCUUUAAAAUCUCUAGAUCUCGUAGAACACAGUAGCGAUCUCCGCGAGAGGUUGCGAGAAAAUACCAGAACUUUCCGCAGCGGUCUGAAGGCGGCUGGUCUGACAGUGGCGGGAGACGAUCAUCCGAUAUGUCCUGUGAUGGUGGGGGAAGCUCCUAAGGCAGUGGACCUUGCGAGCGGUAUGCUAGAGCGCGGCAUCUACGUGGUAGCCUUCAGUUACCCUGUGGUACCAAAGGGAGCAGCACGUGUUCGCGUACAACUCAGCGCUGCGCACACGCCGCAAGAUGUUCAAAGAGCUGUCGACGCCUUCGCGGAGGUGGCUAGGAAUGUGGGCAUUGUCAAAAAGUAGACUGAAUUCAGGAAACCGUAUGCUGUAACUCUUUACAUGCAAAAAAUAUAUACAUAAAAAGUAAUUUAGACACACAUAUAGGUUCAAUAGUCGACAUGAAUCUUCUGAUCGCAUUGUUUUAUUUCUUUUGAUUUUACUCCAUACACAAUUAGUUUCAGUGGCUACUAGUUUUUAAGACAAUUUUCUUUUUAAAACAUUACCAUGUCUUCCUCCUGGAUAAUGUUAUAAUGCAUUUUAUACAUACAUACAUACAUAUGGUCACGUCUAUAUCCCUUGCGGGGUAGUCAGAGCUAACAAACAAAUGACUUAUGACUAUGACUAUUUGACUUAAUCAUAGAAUUAAGAUUUUUGAAUCUCCAUUCUAUGAUUAAGCCAAAUAGACGAAUCGUCGUCCAUCGUCUUAAAACGAAUCCCAAGUUUGUAAGCCUAUCCCUUAGUCGCCUUUUACGACAUCCAUGGGAAAGAGAUAUUUUAUGUAAUAAAUAAUACAAUGCAACAUUAUGUAUGUAUAUUUGACUGAACAAAUAAAUAUUUUUGUUUUA